AUGUUUACGUAUAAAUCCGUCCGUCUGGAAAGUCGACAGCACCCGCAGCUCCGUGCCAUCACAUCCCGCUCCACAGAAAAGAACAAUAUGAAGACCUGCUUCCUACUCGUCGCGGCCGUCGCUGCCGCGGCAUUCGCCAGCGCGCGCUGCAGCCCCGCUCAAGCCGCGGCGCCGCCACGGGCAACGACGAUCGGCGCCACCUGCCAGGCGGCCCACGAUGCCGACAGUCGCGUGAGCGCCAGCUUCUGCAACACCCGACUGCGAGACGCGUUCGCCCCCGACACGCGUUACCUGGCCGUUGCCGCCGCGGGCGAGGGCGUGAGCAACGCCAAUGACGCGCGGCGCGAGAUCUCGACGGCGAUACAGCGGCACGACGAAGGCGACGAUCAGGAAGCCGACCCGAUAUACAGGAGAGUGCUGGAGGUGUGCGAGGAGUUCUACGGCAUCGUCAGGGAGAGGUACGAGGCGGCGCGGCAGGCGAUCGACGAGCAAAGGUACGGUGACGUCGAAGAGGAGCUGUUGAGUGUUCCGUCGACGGGGCGGUCGUGCGACGACAAGUUCGCCCUCUCCCGCGGUGGCAGCGGCGCCCCGCCGUUCCUGCAGUACUGCGAGGACAACACGCAGAUCGCGCUCCUCACCAUCGCCAUCACAAGCCUGAUCAAGUGA